AUGCCUCUGAGAAUUGGGUAUGUCCGCGAGCACUUCUCGUCGCCCCUUCUACAGUACGCAGAAGCCGAUGGAGGAAAGACGCUCACGUUGGUGGAGUGCCCGAGUGGUACAGGCCAGUUGAUUAAUCGACUGACAAACAACGAGAUCGAUGUCGCGGUAGCCCUGACGGAUCCUCUGAUCUCUGGCAUUGCUAAGGGCUCGGAGCACUACAGGCUCGUCGGCAGCUAUGUUACGACUCCGCUGAACUGGGCAGUUAUCACCGGCAAGGAGACAAAGUAUAACGAGAUCGCGGAUUUGCAGGGAACGGCCAUCGGCAUCUCGCGAUAUGGAAGUGGGAGUCAGACGAUGGCAUAUGUGAUGGCGCUCCAGCAGAGUUGGCCUACGGAUAAGCUGCAGUUCAGAGUGAAUAAUGAUAUCCGUGGACUCAUCGACUCGGUGAACGACGGGUCAACCAGCGCUUUCAUGUGGGAGUGGUUUACCACUAAGCCCUUCGUCGAUGCCGGUGAAGCUCGUUUCAUCGGCUCCGUGCCCACCCCUUGGCCCUCGUGGCUCAUCGCAGCGCAUCCAACGCGCGCAGCAGACGUGGAACUACGCACGUUCCUCACCACACUCACAACGUAUGUGCGCACGUUCGAUUCGCCGGAGAAGCGAGAGCAGGACGAUGUCGACUUCAUCAAAGCGAAGUUCGGCUAUCCCGAAGAGGACAUCAGAGCUUGGCUGAAGACGGUUGCGUGGUCUCAAGAUUGUGCAGCGAUUCCUACUCAGGUAAUCACAGAUACGCUGGGUGUGCUGGAGCAGGCUGGAUUCAUCAACAGCCCCGCCGGUGGCUUCGACGCCUCGUACUUCGUCAACACUGACAUCGCACGCCUCGUCUAA